AUGAAUAUCCCAGGAGAUCUCUGUCUAUCACCGUUCUUUACCUGCUCUGACCUUUAUGUCACUGAUAUUCGUAUUAUUCCUGGAAGUACAGACAAUGGUUUGCCAGAUGCCAAUCUUCAACUUUUAUUCGCCAAGCUUGAUACCUUUCAAUACAAUGGCGAUGGGCUACAAUCGGUUGCUGAUCCAUCACAGUCUUUUUUUGAAAAAAUAUCCUCAUGUUGUCAAUCAAUUCAACAUUUAUAUAUCAUAAAGGAUCCAACAAUGACACAGAUUCCAAAUGGUUUUUCGUUACUACCUAACCUAGAAGAUGCCUAUUUGUCCUUUUACUUUACUACAAGCCAAUCGGUUACAUUAAAGAGUAAUCCCAAUAUUCAAUACCUGACCGUCUACGGUAAUGAAAUGUUGACUGAAAUUAAUUUCGAUGAGACCAUCUCUUUUCCAAAGUUGACCACACUGUCACUAGGUGGUCAUCAAUUCUCUGGCCCUUCUUUAUUGAAAACUGUUGGUAACUUUACUACUGCUACCUUUCCUCAAAUGACUACAUUAGAAUGUAUUUUCCCAGAAGGAUCUAAUCAAUUACAACUCUUUGUUAACCAUUCAACACUUGUGGAAAUAAAAUUUCCUGAAACUCCUGUUGAUCCCCCUCCAAAUGCAAUCGUAACUUUUGGUUCUGCCUCCCUUUCAGCUAUUAAAUCAAUUGAUUUUUAUGGUGGUGGUUUAACUUUUCAACCUUCUCUUAAUAAUUUUAUAAAUCUUUCAUCAAUUUCAUCUCUAAAAUAUACAUCAAUGUUUAAUAAUCAAUAUCCCUUUGUAUCUUUUCCUCUUGUUUACCAUUUGUCUUUUCCAAACUCAUCAUUUACUACCAUUCCAAGUAUUACACUUCCUUCAUAUCUAGAAAGUUUAGUAUUUAAAUAUGGUGUGCUUCAAGGAGAUAUAGAUUUUGAUACAAUUUUGGCAAAUACAACUGGAAAUUUGGCGCUUGAUUUAUCUGACAAUCCUUUGCUUGCUGUUCCUCUAGAACUUGAAACUGCUUUAUGUGGUCUAAAGUUUUUAGAUUUACGUGAAACUUUGGCUACAUCAAUUCCCCCUUGUUAUUGGUGCCAUAACGAUGGUUCUAAAUUCUAUCCUCCAACCGCCACUCUUCCAUCAGUAUCACCCAAUGCUCCAACCCAAAACCUUGCCAUUCAAUUUAGUAGCACUACAAACACUCAAAUUUUCCAAGUUAUAGAGGCUGGGUUCAAUGUAUCAUCUGUUAUAUUGAUACAAUCACCUAAUCAACAAGCCACAAUGACUAUUGUAUUUUCAAUGAUCAAUACGAAUAUUCCCCAUUCAACAAAACUUAAUAAUACUGGAGAGAAUAGCUACGUCGAUAAUAAUAUGAUUUUUACAUUUUAUUAUAGUAACCUUGCUUUUGGUCAAUAUAAUCUUUCAAUCCUCAAUGCUUACUACAAUUAUUCAACCACUGUACAAUAUAAUCAAAGUUAUCCUAUUGUUGAUAGUUUUAUUCAACAAGGUCCUUAUAUUGGAAACGGAUCAUUGAUCCAGUUGGUAGGAUUUUUUGGAAACUAUUUGACUAGUGCUCUUGUAUCGGUUUCAAAUAAGAAUAAUCUAUACAAUUAUUCGGAAUGCAUAAACGUUAGUUUUACAAAUACUACCAUCAAUUGUCAAAUUGACCUCCCCCUUUCCUCGGGUCUUGCAACAUUUAAUAUAACAGUAGAUGGGUACUCCACAUUCAAGCAAGUUGAUAUACAAUCACCACAACAAUAUUGUACAAUAACAACAAACAAUUGCUAUGGAAAUGGUGAAUGUAAUUUGAGUGGGAUUUGUGAAUGUAAUAGUAAUCAAGGAGGAGGAGGUUAUUAUAAUAAUUGUUCUAAAACAUACCCAUUUAUUACGAGUGCAAAUGUAGAAAGUAUUCAAGGUGAACAAAGAUUUAUCAGUCUAUACGGUGAUUUUGGACCAUUUGGACAAGUUAAUACUUUAAUCAUGAUUAAUAAUACCAUGAAUUGCAAUAUCACAUAUAAAUCGCAACACAACAUCAAUUGCACUUUGGAAUCAUCACCAACAACUUUUGGAUUUGCAUCUGUUCAAGUUAAUAGUAGUGGAUCGAUUUAUAGUAAAGCUCGUUGCUUGAUAUUUAUCAAUCCUUUGCCAUCGGGUGGUGGUACAACAACUAGCAGCAGCAGCAGCAGCGGAGGAGGAGAAACUCCAACCCCAAAACAAACCUGUGAAACCACAACUCAAAAUUGCUAUGGACAUGGUACUUGUGAUAAUAAUGGAAAAUGUCAAUGUCAAGAUAAAUAUAACCCUGUUGAUAACUGUUCUACUAAAUUCACUGAAAAUACAACAUUUACGCCAAAUAAUACAUCACCAUCAUCUACCAUUCAAGUUGGUGGUGUUGAAUUUGGAUUUCAAAUCAUUGGAAUUCAAGAAAGAGGAUUAGAUAAUGAAAUCUUAAAAGAGUUGUUGACAAGUAGUUGGGUACCAAAUAUUACAUCAGAUCAGAACUCUGAUCUAACAAAUGCAGUCUAUGAAUUGGUGGUUCCGAGUAACCAUACACUUUCAAAUACCAAAGUAACAGCCAACGUUUCAUUUUCAACUCAACCAAGAAAUAUACCAUUUGGUACACAAAACCUAACGAUCAAUCCAAACGCCAUCAAGCUAUCUGUGUCUAUCGCCGGUUGGCAAUACUCUUCAAAUGUUGCAACUCUUUUGCUUUUAUUGAAAACAACAAUCAACAAUGAGCAAUCGAUCGAAUACGAUUGCAAAACAACACCGGUGGAUUCAUUUUCCUUUGGUGAUUUUGGAGACAUUCAAUACCUUAGAGUCAUCAAGGAUAACGUACAAUUCAAUGGAAGAUUCAUUGACUUUGCAUUGGCAGAUGGCAGAUCAACCUAUUCACAAACACUCCUCAUUAAUCAAACCCAAUUAUUGGAUUCUUCUGAUUCUUCUGAACAAUCGGUUGUCGUCAUUGGAAUCACACUUCCACAAUGCCAAGAAUGUUUACUUGACCCAGACUUUACGCCAUUGUUGGUUGCAAGCGAUGGUGAUGGCUGUUCAAAACAAGAUGAAAAAUGGAAAAUGAUAGUCGGUAUUGUUGUUGGUGCCGUUGGUGCUGCCUGUCUUUCAGUUGGUGCCUACCAUGCAGUAAAGAAAAUAAGAAGACAUAUGAUCCUUAAUGGAAAGUCAAUAUUAAUGCAUAAAAGAAAUUAA